AUGUGGAAAGCACGCAACAUUGUUGUCGCGAAAGGGAGGAUAAAUUCACCACCCCUCAGUAACGAUACCCUCAUCGAAUUAGGAAUGCUGAAACUACAACCGGAUGGAGGAUUGACAAGCCCGAAUGCAAUGCCGAUAGAGAAUGUCAAGCAGAAGACCGUGAAGUUAACCAUAAAUCAGCCUGAACAGCAGCAGAUAGAUACGAUAAUUGCCAAGUACAACCAUCUAUUUCAAGCAAUCGGAAAAAUCACAGAUAAAAAGAACAACAGAGAAAUAUAUGGGUAAUUCCACAUGAAACCAGAGGCCAUAACAGUAACGCAGAAAUCUCGCCCUGCAGCGUACCACCUGCAAAAGCCACUGAAGGAAUGGUAACAACAAGGAGUGGAAGAGGACAUUUUUGAAUACGUUCCUAACGAUGAAGCAGUGACGUGAUGCUACCCACUGGUGAUACAUCCAAACCGAGAUUCGAAAAGACUCACAAAGAGGGAUUUAACCCACAUAUGAUUCGAACAAGUGUCGAUCUCCGAGUUCUCAACAAGUACAUGUAAUGAAGCCGAGUAACCCAAACACCCAUUGUUGAAGAUUUCAUCCACAGAUUUCAUGAUUGCAGCAUCUGGACCAAGAUGGUCCUCCGUCAAGGUUACCAUCAACUUGCUCUCGACCCAGGGUCACGAGCUGUCGCCACUUUUGCCACCCCAUGGGGGAAUUACCGUCCCAAAACGACUAGUAUUUGUAGCCAAAGCAUGACAAGGUUUUUUCGAUGAAACAAUGCAACGAAAUCUUUGGAAACAUUCCCUUGUGCUUGAACCAGAGAGACGACCUUUAAUUUUAAUUUGGGCACGGAACUGGUCCGAACACAAUGCCACACUCGAAACUGUUUUGCAAAGAGGAAACGAAACGAAAUUCAUCCCCAGAUAUGCCUCCCUGACGCAACCACUGCUAGAAUUAACCCGCAACGAGACGAAAUUCCACUGGUGCACUGAAGAACAGGGCGCAUUGAAGAAAUUAAUGCAGAAUGUCUUCAACGAUGACACCAUUGCGUUUUUUCACCCGGAAUGUCCGACCAAGGUGAGAACGGAGGCAAGUUAUAACGAAGGUCUUUCGGCAGGCAUAUUUCAAUGCACCGGGAGAGGAUGGCAACAAGUCCACUUCAUCAGCCGUACUCUCACCGAUGUCGAACGGAGAUAUAGCUAAAGAUGCGUUAUGUGUAAAAUGGGCGAAAGAUCGGUUUAGUAUCUACUUAAUGAGAGCUCCUAGAUUCAUCAUCGUAACGGCGCAUAAACCAUUACUCCCUCUGUUCAACAAAGCCACUGCAAAGCUCCCAUCACGUAUCGAGAAAUUGGCAAUGAACAUGCAAGAUGUCGAUUACGAAUGCGAUACGAGCCAGGAAAAGAUGAGGCUGACCCCUUGGAUUUCAUCUCGCGACACUCCCUGCCCGAAACAGAAGAAAAUAAGACAAAGGAAAUGGUCAAGAGUUUUACAGAGGCAGAACCAGGCAUCGUUUUAA